CUUUAAAAGGCAGUGUCUUGUCCGGAGGGGGCGGGCAGGGGGAGCUGACCGCCGCCCGAGGCCCAGCCCCUCCUCCCUGCCCCCUUCCUCGGUUCGUCCGUCCCUCCCGGGUCCCAGCGUCGCUGUCUCGCUAGCCCAACGCACGCUCCGCCUCCGUCAGUCGGCUCCGCUGACUAGUGAGCGGCGUGGACAGGAGCCGGGGCCGGACGCGCGGCCGGGGCUGGGGGCUGGGAGCGCGGCGCGCACGGCCUCCCAGAGCAAGAAAGGGCCCCCGCCACCGGGAGAGGCCGGCGCCGCGAUGGCAGAGAUGGGCAGUAAGGGGGUGACGGCGGGGAAGAUCGCCAGCAAUGUACAGAAGAAGCUCACCCGCGCGCAGGAGAAGGUCCUUCAGAAACUGGGGAAGGCAGAUGAGACCAAGGAUGAGCAGUUUGAACAGUGCGUCCAGAAUUUCAACAAGCAGCUGACUGAGGGCACCCGGCUGCAGAAGGAUCUCCGGACUUACCUGGCUUCAGUCAAAGCCAUGCACGAAGCCUCCAAGAAGCUGAACGAGUGUCUACAGGAGGUGUAUGAGCCCGACUGGCCCGGCAGGGACGAGGCCAAUAAGAUCGCCGAGAACAAUGACCUGCUGUGGAUGGACUACCACCAGAAACUGGUGGACCAGGCGCUGCUGACCAUGGACACGUACUUGGGCCAGUUCCCUGACAUCAAGUCACGCAUUGCCAAGCGAGGGCGGAAAUUGGUGGACUACGACAGCGCCCGGCACCACUAUGAGUCCCUUCAAACUGCCAAAAAGAAAGAUGAAGUCAAAAUCGCCAAGCCUGUCUCGCUGCUUGAGAAAGCCGCCCCCCAGUGGUGCCAAGGCAAACUGCAGGCUCAUCUCGUAGCUCAAACUAACCUGCUCCGAAAUCAGGCCGAGGAGGAGCUCAUCAAGGCUCAGAAGGUGUUUGAGGAGAUGAAUGUGGACCUCCAGGAGGAGCUCCCAUCCCUGUGGAACAGCCGAGUAGGUUUCUAUGUCAAUACAUUUCAGAGCAUCGCGGGCCUGGAGGAGAACUUCCACAAGGAGAUGAGCAAGCUCAACCAGAACCUCAACGAUGUGCUGGUCAGCCUGGAGAAGCACCACGGCAGCAACACCUUCACAGUCAAGGCCCAGCCCAGUGACAAUGCCCCUGCCAAAGGGAACAAGAGCCCAUCGCCUCCACCAGAUGGCUCCCCUGCAGCCACCCCCGAGAUCAGAGUGAACCAUGAGCCAGAGGCAGCCAGCGGGGCCACACCCGGGGCCUCCAUCCCCAAGUCCCCAUCUCAGCUCCGGAAAGGUCCACCAGUCCCUCCGCCCCCCAAACACACCCCGUCCAAGGAGAUCAAGCAGGAGCAGAUCCUCAGCCUGUUUGAUGACACGUUUGUCCCCGAGAUCAGCGUGACCACCCCCUCCCAGUUCGAGGCCCCAGGGCCUUUCUCUGAGCAGGCCAGUCUGCUGGACCUGGACUUUGACCCUCUGCCACCCGUGGCAAGCCCCGUGAAGGUGCCCACGCCCUCUGGUCAGUCAAUUCCGUGGGACCUCUGGGAGCCCACAGAGAGUCCAGCUGGCAGCCUGCCAUCCGGGGAGCCUGGUGCUGCUGAGGGCACAUUUGCUGUGUCCUGGCCCAACCAGACGGCCGAGCAGGGGUCUGCCCAACCCGCAGAGGCCUUGGAGGUGGCAGGUGGGACCCAACCUGCGCCUGGAGCCCAGGAGCCUGGGGAGACGGCGGCAAGUGAAGCAGCCUCCAGUUCUCUUCCGGCUGUGGUGGUGGAAACGUUCUCAGCAACUGUGAAUGGCACCGUGGAAGGCAGCAGUGGGGCCGGCCGUUUGGACCUCCCUCCGGGCUUCAUGUUCAAGGUGCAGGCUCAACACGAUUACACGGCCACUGACACCGACGAGCUGCAGCUCAAGGCUGGUGACGUGGUGCUGGUGAUCCCCUUUCAGAACCCGGAGGAACAGGAUGAAGGCUGGCUCAUGGGCGUAAAGGAGAGUGACUGGAACCAGCACAAGGAGUUGGAAAAAUGCCGGGGCGUCUUCCCUGAGAACUUCACGGAACGGGUGCAGUGACGUGACAGCGGAGCUCCUGCAGUCCUCUGGGUGUGUGAAGAACACCUUUCCCCCCUAAAAAAAAUGUGUGUUUUUUUCUUUUUUUUUCUUCUUCUCUUUUUUCGUUUUCGUUUUUAAACUUUUGAAAAAGCAAAGGGAAACUGAGACGAGAGACCUAAGCCGAAAGGUAUUCUCCCAAAGAUUAGGUUGUUCUCCCCCAAAAGCCCAAUCCUGGCCAGUCUGGUAGAAUUCACCAGUGUUUCUGGAGCUGCUGUGGUCCCUAGUUGAGUUCCUGGCAUCCUUCUCUGUGCCCGCAUGUGUGCCCGGCUGCAGGGCGGGCUGGGGGCCGCCAAGUCACCGCCACGCUUGCCUGAAGCUUCAGCCGCGCCACCUGGGCAAGGGUCUUCUUUACCUGGCAGCUGCUGUGGGUGGGCGCAGACACCAGCCCUGCCUGGCCCUGCCCCGCAGACCAUCCGUGUGCUGUUUGAAAAUAAACCUUAGUGUUCAAACAAAACGAAACAAAGAAACAACAACAACAAAAACUGACAAAACACUAAAAAAAAUAAUAAUAAUAAUAAAUAAAGCCUGUGUGUUUAUUUUGCCACCCCUGCCCAUCAUCUGUAUCAGGACUCCAGGAGUCCACACAGGAGAAAACCGGGACCCUGCUGGUGAAAGGGGGUCUGAGUGCUUUGUCCAGAGUCUGGUGGACUAGGAAGGGGCCUGGGUGCUGGCCCACCUUCACCCUCCUCUUGCGGCCCCUACUGAGUGCAGCCCCAGCUCCUCCGCUCCAUCGGUGAUGUGGGCCGGUCUGAGCAGCCCACGAUGACACGCAGCGGUGGCCUGGGCCUUCCCAGGAGCUGAGGGAGAUUGUGCCUGUGGCCCAGGAACCAGCCUGGACUUGCAGAUGGGAAGAACUUGUCUUCCCAUAAAUUUGCACUGAUAGUAAAAGGAGGUGACUGUGAGAAGACUCUGAGCUUUACUUUAGAGUAAAAUCUCUCAACUUUGCUUUAGGUGGCACAAGUGUCCUUGCUGUUGGCCCUGACGGGUCCUGUGGGUGACAGAUAGUGCUGAAUCUGCCAUCCAUAACUUUCAGGAGCAGUAGAAGUUACAGCAGCAGCAAACAGAGGGUUGAUUUCUAGAUAUCUCUCUUUUGAAAGAUUUUGCUUUUUGUGUCUCUCUGCCUCCUUUCCUCUGUCCCUCCUUCCCUCUUUCCUUGUUGACAGCCUUUUUCCCUUGGAGGAGCUGGAUUUGGUGCCCAGACCUGGCCAGUUCCACUGCUUCUGAAUCUGGGGUGUGUGUGUGCCCUGGGCUGUAUGUAUGUAUGAGGAGUUGUGCAGCCAGGGUGGCAACAGGAGAAAUCUUCACUUUUAUCUCAGUGUGAAUAUUGAAAACGUAGUCAUUGAAAACACCUAGCAAAAAGAAUUUGCAUUAAGUUUACGACAAUAUGAGAUUCAAAGAGAGGUCAGAUGGGACUUUGUUGCCCCUGACCCUCAAGGCAGUUCUGACCCUUGCAAUUGGGAUAGUUUGGCAGGACAAGCCAUGCUUGGUACCCCACCGUGGGGAUCUGCAGGGGGCUCCAGAGGGGAGCCGGUAGAUCUCCAGAGACAGUGCCCAGAGCAAGCAUGCAGGGUGCGAGGGCCACACUCAUGGCUCCCCCUGAGCUUCAGCUGGUCUGUGUUGGACAGCUGAGGUGGCACUAGGCUCCUGUCAGGGAAAUUCAGAGCCAGGUGGCCUGGACCAGAGGUUAGGGAGGUGACCAGCUGGGCGGAGAACUGAGCUGAAGCCAGGACGGAACGAGGCACAAAAGGCAGGAGCCUGUGAGCCAGUUUCUACACCUGGCACCUGGGCAUGCAUGGCCCUGGCAUGUUUGCCAAAACCUGGCUUGAUUUGUGUUGAUCAGAGGGCAAGGAGGCCUGAUCCCUGGGCAGGGCUCCUGGCUUUCACAGGGGGCAGGCCAGGGUGGGUUCUGGGCCCUGCAUGGAGGCUGGAGGUUCUGGCAGACCCUGUGCUUUGGAGGGCCAGGCUAGGGGUUUGGAAGGAGCCCAGUCCUCUGCUCUGGCUCCCCUUUGUCCUCCGGGGGCCAGGAGAGUGGUGGGGAAGAUAGUGAUGGUGCAGAGCCGGGCCUGGAUGGAGCAAGGCCUAGGCAGGUGGGUCAAUUGUGUGCGGGUGCCUGCAGUACUUCAGGUGCCUCGGGGUGGUGGUGGGGGGACAGGACCCACCUGGAGGCAGUCAUAAAGCUUUCUGGCAAGCAUGGGCCUCUCUGGGAAUCUGUGAAAGUCUUUAGAAAAUUGAUUGACUUAUUUAUUACUUCUCUAUGUUAUGAACCAAGUUGCUGACAGGAAGCAGGAUUUUAGCCCUUGGGACUUGGCAGCUGGAAUCAUGACACUUUAGGGCUGGGGAUGUGGCUUGGGAGUAGCAUGCUUGCUUAGCAUGCAUGAGGGCCUGGGAUCGAUCCCCAGUACUGCCAAAAUACAUGUAUAUAACUACAUAUCUUAUCAGUGCGAAUGGCCCAACUGACCCCAUGGUCAAGGCCAUGGGCUCUGCACAAAGGGCCCCUGGGGUGUCUCAGAAGUCUCCAUCCCAGUUCAGGGAACUCUUCCUGGUCUCUUUGCCCUCCUGCCAGCUCUCAAGGCAUCCAUAGUGGCUAGGACACCUCCCCAGGGACACCCUGUGGCCUCCUGCUUCCCGUCCUUGGUUGGAUUUGGUAACCAUGUUGGGAUGACUAUCUGGUUCUUCUGCCCUGGAGACCUUUGGCCCUGCCUCUGGGAAUUAAAAAAAAACCAUACCCAACCCCAAAACCAGGCUCCCUGAAGGGACAUUGUGAAGGGAGGCCAAACAUGGGGUUCCUUUGCUCAGAAGCCUUGACUGGGCCCCCUUGUGUCCAGGUGUGCGGGCACUUAGGUGACAUUCCCAUGACACUCCUGGUUCCCCGUCCUCUAGCAUCAGCUUCGUCUUUGGACCGGUCUCCAGUGGUUCUGGUUUGAUGUCGGCACACUUCCUUCCCAGAAGCCCCCAGUAAAUCUUGUGUCAUUGGCCUGAUCUGUGUCAGGUCCCCAGUCCUGAACCAAUGGCGGUGGCUGGAUAUGGGACCUGUGGACAGGCCCAAGACAAAUAGGGCCUGAAGCUGCAAGUGGGCAGGUUAGCUGAGGCAAGGAGAAGGGGCAGUGGAUUCUAGGAGCUCAGACCCUGCAUGUCCACUCCACAGUGGUCUCCAGAAAGGGCAUGAAACCAGGAAACUUAAGUGGACAUAAACUAUGAAUAGGUGUGUAUGUGUGUGUGUGUGUGCAGUGUGACAUGCUCUUGGACUUCCCAGCCUCCAGAGUCAAAGCCAAAAUAAACCUCUUUAUAAACCA